GAAUUAGGCCUGAAGCGAUCUCACUCCGGCACCCUCCGCAAUCCCUCCACUCCUCUUAACCCCACUCCGCCGCCGCCGCCGCCGCCCAGUUCUCCGCGGUUCUAUUCGCAUCGGCAGCGUCUUCUACCCGAGCCGCCACCAUGCCGAAGCAGAUCCACGAGAUCAAGGACUUCCUGCUGACGGCGCGGCGGAAGGAAGCGUGGUCAGUGCGGAUCAAGCGGGCCAAGGGCGCCGUCAAGUUCAAGGUUCGCUGCUCCAGGUACCUCUACACCCUAUGCGUCCACGACGCGGACAAGGCCAACAAGCUCAAGCAGUCGCUCCCGCCAGGUCUGAGCGUUCAGGAGAUUUAAGUAGCAAGCCAAACUACGCCUUGUGGUGUCAGAGAUGUUUGCCCUCCAGUAUUUCUUUAGUAGGUGGGUUAAGCCAUGAUUGAAUGAAUUGAAGUUUGAGUUUAAAAAGUGUAAUGUUGGAAGUGAUGUAUUGGACCUAUGAUCCUUUAGUGUAAUGGUACUCCCUUGCGGAGAAGAUAAUCGGCUAUCAAUAGUUGAGUCUGAAUUUUGUGAAAUGUAUUCUGCUUUCUUCA